AUCUCCGACAGUGUGCGUGUCAGACCAGAGAGAUAUACAAUCAUACCUGUACCGAAUCCAUUUGUUGUGCCUGGCGGAAGAUUCCGCGAAAUCUAUUACUGGGACAGCUUUUUCAUCAUCAAAGGACUUCUAGCUUCGCAUAUGUAUGUAACAGUACGCGGAAUGAUCGAAAACAUGCAAUAUCUCAUUGAAGAAUUUGGUUUUGUUCCUAAUGGCAAUCGUAUCUACUAUCUGAAUCGCUCUCAACCUCCACUACUUACCUGGUGCGUCCAUGCUUACUACAUGGCUACGAAUGAUCUGGAAUUCGUAACGAAGCUUCUCCCAACUCUGCGCAAAGAGGUUGGUGUAAAAACGUUCGAACUGGAUAUUCUUUACCCCCAUUUGAAUGCCACACCGAUCUAA